GGAGAGGACAGCAGCACCGGGAGAACUGGGACUGGGAGGACACAGUGGACUGGACGGACCCGGACCGUACCGGACCCGGGCAGGCGGACAUGGAGAGACAGAACGGCAGCAGCAGCAUCUGCUCCCGGCCGCACGGCACCGUGACGGAGGGCCAGAAGAAGAAGAAGAAGGAGGAGGAGGAGGAGAAGGAGAAAAUCCCCGACAGAGUGACCCUGAAGAAGGAGAUCGGGCUGCUGAGCGCGUGCACCAUCAUCAUAGGGAACAUCAUCGGCUCGGGGAUCUUCAUCUCUCCGAAGGGGGUCCUGGAGCACUCGGGCUCGGUGGGCUUGGCGUUGGUGGUUUGGGUUCUGGGAGGCUGCAUCGCCGCCUUGGGCUCCCUCUGCUACGCCGAACUGGGCGUCACCAUCCCCAAAUCUGGAGGAGACUACUCCUAUGUCACCGAGAUAUUCGGGGGUCUGAUGGGGUUCCUCCUGUUGUGGAGCGCCGUCCUCAUCAUGUACCCGACCACGCUGGCCGUUAUCGCCCUGACCUUCUCCAGCUACGUCCUGCAGCCCGUCUUCCCAAACUGCGUUCCUCCGUACAUGGCGACACGGAUGCUGUCCGCCACCUGUCUCCUGCUGCUGACCUGGGUGAACUGCUCCAGCGUUCGCAUGGCGACCAGGAUCCAGGACGUCUUCACGGUGGGGAAGCUGAUGGCUCUGGGCCUCAUCAUCGUGGUCGGCCUGGUCCAGAUCUGCAACGGGAACUACGAGGCGCUGACUCCUCAGGUGGCCUUCUCCAUGGACAGGACGCCGACGGUGGGUCAGAUCGCUCUGGCCUUCCUGCAGGCCUCCUUCGCCUUCAGCGGCUGGAACUUCCUCAACUACGUCACGGAGGAAGUGGUCGAACCCAGACGGAAUCUACCUCUUGCCAUCUACAUCUCCAUCCCAUUGGUGACCUUUGUGUACACGCUCACCAACAUCGCCUACUUCUCCUCCAUGUCGCCCGAGGAGCUGCUGUCGUCCAAUGCCGUGGCUGUAACUUUUGGAGAGAAGCUGCUGGGGAUGUUCUCCGUCAUCAUGCCGAUCUCCGUGGCUCUGUCCACCUUCGGAGGAAUCAACGGCUACCUGUUCACCUCCUCCAGGCUGUGUUUCUCUGGAGCCAGAGAGGGUCACCUGCCCAGCCUGCUGGCCAUGAUCCACUAUAAGUACUGCACUCCCAUCCCUGCCCUGCUGGUCUGCUGCGCCGCCACCAUCGUUAUCCUCUGCAUCGGAGAGACGCACAACCUGAUUAACUACGUCUCCUUCAUCAACUAUCUGUCGUACGGCGUCACCAUCGCAGGCCUGCUGUACUACCGCUGGAAGAAACCCAACCUGUACCGACCCAUCAAGGUGAACCUGUUGGUUCCCGUUUGCUACCUGAUGUUCUGGGCGCUGCUGCUGGGUUUCAGUCUUUACUCAGAGCCGGUGGUUUGUGGUGUCGGUUUAGUCAUCAUGCUCACCGGCGUACCCGUCUACUUCCUGGGCGUCCAUUGGAAAGAAAAACCAAAGUGUAUCUACAACUUCAUUGAGAGGGCGACAUACGUGGGCCAGAGGUUGUGUUUUGUGGUCUUUCCUCAGUUUGACCCCAUCGAGAUCGCCAGUCCUUCAUAAUGGACUGACCCGCUCAUCAGGCAGGGGCAGUUUGUCUGCCACUUCUUUUAAACUUUCUUUCAGAAUAUGUGAAGAUCUGCUUGUUUGUAUUCCGUCCAGACACUUCUUCUUGGUUUGGGAGCUUCCUUGUCUGACCUUUUGACCCUCUGAGACUCCAAACAGUCGAGUGGAAACGCCUGUUUGUCUUCUGCGCGGGCUGCUUGCACUUUUGAUUUUCCUCUUAUUUCUACUAAAUCGUCCUAAUGCCGGCAGCGUCACGCUGUCGAAAGGGACUUUCAUUCCCAUUUUAUACCCAUUUGUUUCUUUUUUUUCUGUAACAUGACAGGACUCUGACCGACGGGCGGCUCUUUCUUUCUUCCGAAUGUUGCCGCUGUAUUAUCGUGUCUUAAGGCCUUUUCACACCAAGUCCAAAACAAAUCUAUAGUCAGUAUCCUGACAUAAGAAAAGAGCUGCAGUUGAGUGAAAACUACAACUUCAUAUGCUUGUACAGUACAGGCCAAAAGUUUGGACACACCUUCUCAUUCAAUGCGUUU